AUGAUUAAAACCAGAACUAAACCUGUUUGUAAAACUCACUUUAAUUUGUCAUCUAAACAAAUUAGCAAAUAUAGAAAGUUUAUCCUGAAUUUAGUUAAUCGAAAGUGGUUGAGAUAAGUGGAUGAUGUUUCAACGGAUAAAUGUAAAAUCAGAUUCACUGAGAAUAAAAUCCACCAUUUUGUGCCUUCAGAGACAAUCAUAAAGAAAGUGAUAAGAUUUGAUAGUUAACCAAAGAAAGGAAUACUCAAAACUACCUGA